ACUCUAAAUAAGAAACUCUUUUUGUCAUUUUUUGCUGGUGUUUUUCUGCUAGAGGUUGCAGCUUUUCUGUGGCGCGUGUUCAUAUCUGCUUCAUCAGCAGUCUCGCAGAAAAUGAUGAAAUUGAUAAUGUCCACAUUAUUAUUUUAUUUUUCGCUUCACCCAAACACAGCUGUUCAACUCAACUCUGAUCUUCGUGAUGCACAUGUAAGUAAAAGAGUUUUAUAUUCGUAUUAUAGGAGAAAAAAUAUGCAUAUAUGAAUAUACGAGAGCCACGUGCGUAUAAAGAAAGAGUGAAAGGAAGUAUUUUUUCUAUUUUCUGCUAAAUCACUCUGAUCUUGUCAGGUUCUUCUAAACCUCCAGAUUGAGAAACAAGAGAAAAACCACAGCACUUUCUCAGCCCUGUGUGUGUGAGAGAGAAAGAGUUCAGCGUUACUUCUGUUAAAAUAUUUAGUGUGUGUGUGUGUGUGUGUGUGUGUGUGUGUGUGUGUGUGUGGUUUAAUACACAGGUCUGCUGAUGUUCUACAUGUGGAGUGUGUGUUUUAAUGCUUCAGAUGAAGAUGAACCGCAGCAGGUGUGUGUGUGUGUGCACGCUGCUCUGCUUUCUCUGCCUCUCUCGUGCAUUGAAGGGAAACGUGAAGCAGGUUUUUAGCAUUCAAGAGCUGACGGUGACCGGUGCAGACAUGAUGCAUUGUGAGAAACAGCCGAAAGUGUGUGUGACGUCUGACACCGACUGCCUGCAUUCACCAGCAGAUCUUCAUUCAGCUCCAGAGAACUUCCUGAACACCACUUGUCACUUCCUGUUCCAGGAGAGCUCACUGACCUGCAGAUGGACACAGAUUAGAGACAGCAGAUCUGAGAUCAGCAGCAGCUUCAUUUUCAGCCAAGCUGAAGACGUGGACGACUGUCCGUCCAUAAUAAAUGUGCUCUCCAGCUUCUUUUUAAUUAUUAAAACUAAGGAUUUGUUGACCCAGAAGGAGAUGUUCUCUCACCCCUAUCCGCUGCUCAUGGAGGAUAUAGGUGUGUGUGUGUGCUCAGGGGUCUGCAGUUUUUCAGUGUGUAUGAUCUGAGCGUCUCCUGUUUUUAUGGAUUCGGCCGCUGGAGCGACUGGAGUGACGAGACGCGAGUAAAGACGGCUGAAAAACGUCCGUCUGCGUCUCCGGCUCUCAGUUAUUACGUGUUUUCUGAUGUAAACUCUGGCCCUCAUCAGCUGCUGCUUCUCUGGAAGGCUCUGGAGGUCAGAGAAGCUGGAGGAAUCAUUCAGGGUUAUGAAGUUUCCUACAUGCCCAUCAGACAGCCUUCACUAAAGGAAACCAUCAACACCACCGACCUCAAGGUGUUUGUGCCGGUGAUGAUGGAGGAGUAUGAGGUCAGGGUGUGUGCAUUUAACAGCGCCGGACGCUCACCUUACAGCCGGCUUACACUCCACACCUCAAACACGCAUGAUGUGUGUGCUCUCAGGUCUCUCUGGGUUUACUCUGACGGCUCUUCCCUGCGGGUUCGCUGGGAUGGAGAGUUUACCGCGGUAAACCUCAGUGAAUUCGCCAUCCAGUGGAGCGAAGCCUCAAACCCUGAACACACACACUGGAGGAGAGUCAACAGAUCCACAUUCAGCAGCGCCAUCACAGAUGUCAGACAGCAGCAGGUUUACAGCAUCAGUGUGUUUCCAGUGUGUGAGCGUGUCUGCGGGCCUCCGUCCUCCAUCUCUGCUGAUCUGCAGCAUGGCGCUCUUCUCGAUCUUCAGCUGCUGUCAGUGGCGAGUGUGUCCAGCUCUGCAGUGUGUGUGCAGUGGUCGUGGCAGCAGGUGAACAGCAGUGUUAAUGUUCGUCAGUAUCAUCUGGAGCUCAGCGGCCCGCAGGACACACACACGGUGUCGGUGUUUCCUGAUCAACAGCAGCACUGGUUCCUCAAUCUUCAGCCGAACACACAGUACUCCGUCUUCAUCCGUGCAGAAACUACAGCUGUGAACUUCACCCGGGCCACUCUGGACGUCCACACACUCCUGCUGGAUUAUGAGGAUGCGCUGCGGUUCGCUGUGCCGGUGCUCCUGCUGCUCCUCAUCUGUGGGAUUUUCUCCGUGUUCACCAGGAGCAUAUGCAGACAGUAUUUAUUCCCGGUCAUCUCCAACCCACGCUUCAGUCUGAUUGGUCGGUGGCUCCUCAGCCCUCAUCUGCAGGCUGAGGCUGAGGUGUGUGUGCUGAUGGAGAGUGUGUUCCUGAUGGAGCAGCAGAUGGAGAAGAGCGUCCUGCAGCUCCUAGAAGAACCUGAUGAAGAUCUGAGCUCUUCAGAGUCCUGCGCUGAUGAAGGUACCGCUCUGUGGAGAGCAAACCCAGACACACACACUCCCUCCAGCCUGCCAGAGUACGUGCAUCUACCCGUAAUGCCGGAUCACACACACUACAUUCACAACGGACAGAUUCCUGCAGUCUGACAGGAACAUCAGACUCAAACACACACACACACAUCAACAUGUGUUCAGUCUAAAGGAAGAGCCUUCAAUAGUCUAUGCAGGAUCUCACACGACUGCUGCUCUGUUCAUCUUUGCAUUUGUAGUCAUUUAAACAUGAAUAAAUAUCUGCACCCAAAAGAAGAGCGAUAAUUAAUAUUUCAACCAAGAAAUACAUGUGCAAAUGUUUGAUUAUAAACCACAGCUCAGCGCUUAUAAAAUAAUUAUACAUAUGAGCAAUAUCACAUGAGGAGGAGUGCCAUGUGGCCAAGUGCCUAAGCCCCCAUUCAGACUAAUACGGUUUAGUUUUAAAACACAUACGUUUUACUACGGUUACGGCAUCCGUCCACACUAUUCACCGAAAACGUGUGUCAUUUUCAUUUCAUUUUUCCCAGUAAAUAACAAGCAGUGUUCGGUUGGUGAAGUGUCUGUAAAAUGUUGAGAAAGCAGAUUAAGAAGCAUCACAGAACCCGUCUCUCUAAAGCAGGGGUUCCCAAACUUUUUAGCUUGCGACCCCCAAAAUAACAAUGCUAGUGACUCGCGACCCCCAAUAUCCUCUGAGGUGGUUAUAUAUACAGAAACCUUGAAUGCAAUAGCGCACACACACCAAUAGACCCAAGUUUAUUCUUAGUUUAAUCUUUUUUUAAUGUAAAUCAGUGUUGUAAAUGUGCCAGAAAGUUGAACCUGAUGUUAUAAAAUCAAU